AUGGACGUCAUAAAACAAAAACACCCAGCCUGGAAACGUCUACUACAUAAAUGGCAAGCAAGAAGAGACAUUCCCUUCCGCCGCAAAUUCUUUGUUGGAUACGAUUUAUAUGGCAACACAUACUGGGAAUUCACAAUCGACGGCAACUUAACUCGCUUACGCCGCAAAUUGGAACCAUUCAGAGAGGAAGUGUUCAAAGUCGACUAUUUUAAAACUAUCCCGCCACAAUGGCUUCAGUGGUUGAGGAGAACGCGAUUGGAUGCUCCGAGCUUGGAUGAAUUGGUUCUGGACCAAAUGCGACAGCAACGAUUAAAGAUAUUGGCGAGACAGGCGGAUGAGAAGUGGCAGUUGGAGAAAUUGAGAUUGGAGGAGGAGAAUCAGGUUAAGUUGCAGCAGGAAUUACAGAGAGUGGAGUUGGAGAAUGCACCAGAGAUUAGUAAUGUUAAAGGAGAAGGACAGAAUGGUGCAAAGGUGCGAGAGUCACAGGUGAAUGACAAGAUUGACGAAGAUCCUUGGAAACAAGCAGAUGAAACACGCGGUAAAAAUCCUAUACAAUCUACAACCAUCAAGCCACGUUAG